AUGGGCGGCGGUGAUUGCUUAACAUCAGAUACUAGACGGCACAAUCACUUCAAAGGGCUAAAAGUGAUCAACUUCAGAUUCACAAACAAGGUGCUGCAGAAUGAACUCGACGAGGCAGUCCUCAACCUUCACAUCCAAGAGUUGGAGUCGAAAAACACCACUAUCGACCCCGAUGAGCCAUUCACCAUCAACUUACAAGUCAGCAGGGUGACAAGGAAUAACCAGGGAAGCAAAGCGUCAGUGCCUUACACUGACAAUUCAGUUAAGAUGACCAGAAGUGAACUGAGAUCUGGUAAAUGGUUGAAGGUUAAUAUAACCACGAUGGUUGCGGAGUUUUGCCAACUGCCGCGGGAGAAUUUAGCAAUAGUAGUGAGAGUACAAGACUCAAAGAAUAGAAUGAGUUUGGUUGUGCCACAUCCAAGCUCUGAAUCAAAUAAUGCUUUGAUGCCAUACAUAGAAGUAAGCCUAAAGGACAAUUCGCACAAACGGACACGACGUACUAUUGGCAUGGACUGCACAGAGAACUCGAAAGAAGCGCGCUGCUGCCGGUACCCUCUCGUGGUGAAUUUCGAAGAGUUCGGCUGGGACUGGAUCAUCGCGCCCAAAGUCUAUGACGCCAACUAUUGCAGUGGGGAGUGCCCUUACAGCUUCCUACAAAAAUACCCACACACCCAUUUAGUACAUCUCGCAGCUCCACAAGGCAGUGGGGGGCCUUGCUGCGCCCCUCGAAGGAUGAGCAGCAUUACAAUGCUCUACUUCGAUCAUGAUUAUAACAUUAUAUACGGGACCAUCCCCGGCAUGGUUGUCGAAAGCUGUGGAUGUUCAUAG